ACUCCAAAGUGAAAAAAAAAAUUACAUUGUAUAUAUAUUUAUUUAUUUAUUUAUUCGUACACUUUAAGAGUACACUUUAACACUGGUGGAAGAAGUUUCGUGCAGCGUGCUUAUUUACAUGAUAUAUAUGGAUUAUAUGGAUUACAUACAAUAACAUAGGUAAUGUACAAGUGUUUUAAAAGUUAAUGUUGACAAUAUCUGGACGAAUGAAUCCAAGUCACCGUUAAUGCCGUUCUGCAAUUCGGGGUAAAUUCUCGGGUACUGGACAUUACAUUCGUCCACUGUGGUGGUUUGCUGUUCAGUUGUGUUGGGGAUGGCUGUUUUACAAGCAGUUGCAAGAGUAGUUGGAGAGGUGGUCGUUGGACUAAGUUUAAUUCGUUCUCCAGCGUGGUGUAGCCAGGCGGUCCAUUGAUAUGGUGUUUGCAUCAAGUUGUGGACCUUCUUAGCCAUCCAAGGGGAGAGGCGCUUUGGGGCCGGAAGUUGGAGGGAGCGCUCGGUUAGUGUACUUGUGAUUAGGAUUUUGGGCAGGUUAGGCUGUAACAGCGUCUGGCACAAUCCAGUUAGUUUUAAACAGUGUCCAGGAUGGAAAGGGGUUGGUAAGUCGGUAAAAGACAAAUAGGCACGUUUGAGUCAGGGGGACCUCUAUAUUAACGCACUCAGUUCCGUUGGUCAAGCGAAUGACCAUGGACGUGGGUUUAUGUUGCACGUAUUUGCGGAAGCGCCAGUAUGCGAACAACGAUAUUGAGAUUAAUGUGGCGAUAAUCAAGAAUGUAUUCAGUGUGAGCGUGUUGACAAAUAACAUGGGCGCGCCUGGGGUGAAGGGUUCUUCGGUUGUAGUCGAUGGCCAAGUAUAAUGGAUGUCCGCCUGCUGCGUGGCGACAGGGGCACCUCGUGUUAAGACAACUAAUGCUAUGGCCAUCUUGCACAUCUUAAGCCAAAUAAUCCCAAUCAGAAUGAGGCAAGCGUACGCAAUAGCCAAGGAGGCAAAUGAGAAGACAUCUUUGGAGGAAAAGGCGGAAGCUGAUAUUCUUUCGUCAUACAUUGGUUCAGAGAGCGAAUGGAAGAUAGUCGCACGUUUCUUCGCCCUUUGAGUCAUUUUUCUUAAACUCAGAUGGUCUUUAGUGUCUGCAGCUAGCAGAUCUCGAAGCGAGUUAUUGAAUAAUUUAAAAUGCGGCACGAUGCCGUGUGGUGGUUUCGUGUACGUUGUAUUGCCUAGUAUGUUUUAAUAGGUUGAUUCUUCGAAGAAUUCAUGUGAAAGAGCCAGAUUGAUAACAUGCAGCGUCGUUACGUUUGUGGAAGUAGGAUGGCAAUCUGCAAUCCGAGGGGUAGAUAAAGAGCAUCAAAGCGGGCUGCACAAUGCAAAUACAUUUCCUUUACGUCGUGACCACGUUUGACGGCCAAUAUGGCAGUGCAAAACAAUUGGCAACGUCAUCAUGUGAGGUCAGUGAAGAACCCCUAUAGCCUGAUCAACAUCGAAGCAUUUGGUGAACCCACCACCUGGCUGUAACAAGCCGGUUGCUAGCUUGAUUAGGUAAUCCUGUUGUAAAACACAUGUAUAAAUGGCAACAUCUUUGGAUUGGAUGGGGAAAAUUACAUUGUGUUUUCUGUGUUGCAUAAAUCGUUUGCUGCACUCCAUCCUUUCGGGGACGAACUUGAGUAUAUGUCUACUCAUGAAAAGACUAUUAGAUAUUUUAUUAACUUACUUGGUCUACUGCACUGUAAUCUUGGUUUAGAUAAUUACAAUGUAUACCAGCUAUUAGUACUGAACCAGGAAUGUGAAAUUUUUUCUUGAAGUUGAAAUUUUUUCUGCUCGACACCCGCAAGGAUUUCUGACCGAAUUCGAUCCCAGUGUACCACACGAUGGCGAUCAGUGCUGAGGACAAUGACAAGGUAUACGAAGCGGUUGGUCGUUGCGCCUACUUGCAGAUCAACCUGGACAGAAUCACCAACAAUCUGAAUAGAAUUAGAUCGAAGAUUCCGCUCAGCACUGGCAUAAUAGGAGUGGUAAAAGGCAAUGCUUACGGACAUGGGAGUGUAGAAGUGGCAAGACACAUCAAAACACUUGGUGUGGAACGACUGGCCGUAGCUACAGUCGGAGAAGGGGUUGAACUUCGCAAGGCCGGAAUAGGAGGACCACUUCUUGUUUUCGGAAAUGCUAAUCGAGUUGAAGCUCGCGCACUGUUCAACCAUCAACUGACACCAACUGUCUCCUCACCAGAGUUCGCCGAGGCGUGGGCCGAACUAGCCCAUAAUCAAACUCAGGUUUCAGGAUGGAGGGGAGAAAUCGAAAUCGAGGUUAACGCUGGAACGAACAGAAAUGGCAUAGAUGUUGAUCACUUAGAUAACUUUGUAAAUAUCUGUUCCAAUCUCUCCAUACCAAUCGGGGGGAUUUAUCAACACUUUUCAAGAGGGAACUCGGCGGAUGACGACAACUGGACGGAUCAACAGUUGAAGUCGUUUAUGGAAGUCGCUGCCAAAUAUCGAACUUCCUCAGCUGAGAUCAUUGGCACGUUUUCGCUUGGCUACGCAGACGGUUUCGGACGCUUCAUGAAUUCUACAAGUAGCAGGGCGAUCCGAGGUUCUGACGGCAAAUACUACCCUGUUGUUGGAGAGAGCUGCAUGGACGCGACUAUGGUGAGGCUGGACUCCUUAGAGCAGGUCAAUGACUCAUUUUAUCUUGUGACUGAUGAUUUGGACCCUGCAACAUCCGAGAUAUCCCAAAGGAACACAAGCGGGAACAUCAUUCUUGAUUAUAACACCAUGCGGCUGGCUCGGGUUUAUAUCUCCGGGGGUGUGGUCAAGUUCAUUUUUGGCGGAUUGUAAGAAUUGAAGGGGACACAUCAUUCUCUGGACUUGACUUCUUGGGUGUUUGACCCACCUCAAAAUGAUCAUAUCACAGCAUUGGUGGCUGCGACUUUAUACUCACGAGGACCCAUCAUUCUGGUUGUUACUAUGUCCUUAAAAGGACCCAUCAUGUUGGUUGUGACUCAAGAGGAUCCAUCAUCAUGCUGGUUGUGACUUUAUACUCGUGAGGACCCAUCAUUCUGGUUGUUACUAUGUCCUUAAAAUGACACAUCAUGUUGGUUGUGACUCAAGAGGAUCCAUCAUGCUGGUAAUGACUUUGUCAUUAAGAGGACCAGUCAUUCUGUUUGUGACCAUGUCCUCAAGAACACCCAUCAUGCUGGUUUUGACUUCAUACUCUAUAUGACCAAUCAUGCCAGUUGUGACCUUGUCCACAAGAGGACUCAUUUGUUCUUGUUUCGACUUUGUCCUCAAGGGAAGGGCAUCAACUUCCUAGGACAUUAUUGGCCGUUUAAAAAUGAGGCAGACUCACAAGAAAUCGGAGAAGGGUACCUUGGAGGUUUUGUACGUCAAUUUCUCCAACCAAUAGCUAUAUUGGCCACAACAAAGGUAUAACUAUCAUUUUCUGAGACAAGAAGAUAGGGGGCACAUUUUUUAUCUUUUUCCCUUUUCUCAGUGUCCAUUUCAUUUUGCCACUUUUCUCAGAUUGUCCAUUCGAGGACAAAGUCACAACCAGAAGAGCAGGAUACUAUCACAUAGAAAAGAUUAGAACAAAACAAAUAGGUUGUUAUAGCAAUUAUUACAGGCUCAAUAUGAAAAUAUGCAAACGCAAUAUACAUGCACAGUUACUUUUAUUGUCGAGAAUAAAUUUCAAUGAAACUUUGGACUCAAUUUUAUUGCACUCACAAUUAAGUUUUCUAUUAUUUGCUUCUGGUAACCUACAGGACAAGUAAUCUCCUUUCAGAUUUAGAGUCUAUCAUUAUCACUCUCGGCACAAGUGUGACUCGUUGUCACAAAACCAGGCGCAUGUCGCUCGAGAGGCCUAGCUAUUUAUUUCAUUGCUGUAAUG